UGACGGGAUGUUGGUUGAAAACUUGAAAUUGAGUAAAUUAAUCUAAUUAUUCAAUUGAAAAGAUGAAUAAGACUUGAUAAAUCAUUGCAAUUGUGCUGCGAGAUACUUAUAUACAAGUGUUGUAUGGCCGUUUUGCGGAAAAACUUUGUAAGAUUGAGAGUGAGGCGAUGAUGAGGAGCAAAGCUCUACUUUGGGUCGCUUCUGCAUCUUCUUCUUCUUCUUCUUCGCCAUUUUUAGGUAAGCUUCCUCCUCUUUUCCCUCUUUCUUCCUGCACUUCGUCUUUCAAUUUUUCACCUUUUUCUUUUCUUAUUUCUCCUCUUCCAUUGCUAUUUCAUUCCCGAUUUUACUCUUAUCGUCCCAAACAUUUUGAUUUUCAUGUUAAUGCUCAUGUUGAUGAUGACCCCAAAUCGUUUCUCAAAUUUGUUAGACAACAAUCCAAAUUAGGGUUUACUGAUGUCGAAACCCCCCUUUCCCAUUUCCACCAUAUGAAAUCGAUGCGACCUCUUCCAUCUAUCAUUGAUUUCUGUAUGUUGUUGAGUGCCAUUUCCACCUUAAUUCGAGGUAUGUUAACUUUGGGACAACAGAAAGAGGCUCAAGAAAUGCUGACUGAGAUGUUGAGGAACAACAUAACUCCUGACAUUCAGACCUACAGCAUGUUGAUUGAUAUGUAUUGUAAAGAUGGCAAGGUUGGUGAAGCACGGGACAUUUUUGUUCACAUGACUGAGAGAGGAUUUGUUCCCGAUAUCAUCACUUACAGUGCUCUGUUAGAUGGAUAUUGUUUACGUGGUGAGAUGGAUGAGGCAGAAAAGCUUAUGGAUUUGAUGGUUGAAAAUGGUUGCAAACCUGAUGUAGUUACUUACAGCAGCUUAAUCAAUGGCUAUUGCAAGUCUAAAAAGAUUGACAAAGCUCUUGGCCUGCUCCAAGAGAUGCAUUUUAACGGAUUAGCCCCUAAUGUUAUCACGUACAGCACUCUUAUAGAUGCCUUGUGCAAAGACAAUCAACUCAAGCUUGCACACCAGUUUUUCAAGGAAAUGGAAGCUCAUGGACUAAAGCCAGAUGUAAUAACUUGGAACUCAUUACUUGACGGCAUGUGUAGGAAUGCACAAAUAGAUAAGGCAGUUGCAACAGUGAAGGAAAUGGAGAGCACUGGAGUGGUCCCUAAUAUUAUUACAUACAGUAUCCUAAUGGAUGGUUUUUGUGAAGCUAAUCGCCUUAGAGAAGCGGUGGACAUUUUCUCCUUUCUCACAGCUAAAGGGCUGCAUGAUGUGCGUGCUUACACCAUAAUGAUAAAAGGGUUUUGUAAAGAAGGGUUGCUAGUAAAAGCCGAUGAAUUAUUGAAGAAUAUGGAGGACAAUGGAUGCUUUCCAGAUGAAUGCACCUUUAAUACAAUUAUUAGAGGAUUUAUAGAUGGAAAGGACAUUAGCAGAGCAUUAGAGCUUGUCAGGUUGAUGAGAAUUAAAGAGUUUGCUGCUGAUAAUCACACUAUAUCAUCAUUUGUGGGCUUACUCACUGAUCCAAAUAUCGAUGAUGCAGACAAGGAUUUGCUGAAAAAGUUUUUGGAAAACGCAUGUUCUCAUUCUCCUUUGGUCAUGAGCACAACUGAUUUUGAGAGGAAGAUAGAAACGAAAGGCUAUCCCCACAAUGAGAAUGCCAUUAUUAUUAAUUUAUUAUUGAAAUUUCUUCAUUCCUUUUUAAUUUUGGCAGAGGCAGCACUAGCAGUAGCAGGUGUGAGAACUGAGAGUGAGACGAUGAUGAGGAACAAAGCUUUGCUUUCACUUGCUUCUGCUUCUUCGCCAUUUUUAGGUUAUCUUCUUCAUCUUCCUUCUUUUUCCAGAUGUUUUCAUGCUGAUGUUGAUUUUGAUUUUGAUGACCCCAAAUUGUUCCUUAAAUUUGUUAGACAACAAUCCAAAUUAGGGUUUUCUGAUGUUGAAACCCCCCUUUCUCUUUUCGAUCAUAUGAAAUUGAUUCGCCCACUUCCUGGUAUUAUCGAUUUCAAUAUUCUUUUUUCAUCCAUUUGUAAGAUUAAACCCCACCCCCCUUUCUCCACUGUCAUUUCUCUUUACAGGCAGCUCCUUUUCUUAGGUCUUCGUCCAAAUAUUUACUCCCUUACCAUCCUUGCCAAUUGCUACUGUCGUUUGAACUUUGUUGAUUUGGGGUUCUCUGUUCUCGCCAACAUUAUUAAGCUUGGUUUUCAGCCUAAUAUUGUUACUUUUACUACUCUCAUAAACGGCUUCAUUCACUCUAAUCAAUUUGAGAAAGCCGUUCCAUUGUUGGAUAAAAUUCUCAAGCUUGGCUUCCAACCUGAUAUGGUCACUUAUGGUUCUUUGUUCAAAGGUCUCUGUAGUUCCGGUGAUAAUGCCGGUGCUCUCAAACUCCUUAGAAAUAUGGAGUCUUAUGGCCAUUUUAUGCCUGAUGUUGUCAUUUAUAGCACCAUCAUUGAUAGUCUCUGUAAAGACCAGUUAUUACCUCAGGCUCUCCGUCUUUUCAAGGAGAUGAAAGUCAAGGGAAUUUCCCCUAAUGUUUUUACCUUAAUUCGAGGUAUGUGCACUUUGGGGCAACAGAAAGAGGCUCAAGAAAUGCUGACUGAGAUGUUGAGGAACAACAUAACUCCUGAUGUUAACACCUACAGCAUGUUGAUUGAUAUGUAUUGUAAAGAAGGCAAGGUUGGUGAAGCACGGGACAUUUUUGUUCACAUGAUUGAGAGAGGAUUUGUUCCCAAUAUCAUCACUUACAGUGCUCUGGUAGAUGGAUAUUGUUUACGUGGUGAGAUGGAUGAGGCAGAAAAGCUUAUGGAUUUGAUGGUUGAAAAUGGUUGCAAACCUGAUGUAGUUACUUACAGCAGCUUAAUCAAUGGCUAUUGCAAGUCUAAAAAGAUUGACAAAGCUCUUGGUCUGCUCCAAGAGAUGCAUUUUAACGGAUUAGCCCCUGAUGUUAUCACGUACAGCACUCUUAUAGAUGCCUUGUGCAAAGACAAUCAACUCAAGCUUGCACAUCAAUUUUUCAAGGAAAUGGAAGCUCAUGGACUAAAGCCAGAUGUAAUCACUUGGAACUCAUUGCUUGAUGGGAUGUGUAAGAAUGGACAAAUAGAUGAGGCGAUUGCAACACUGAAGGAAAUGGAGAGCAGUGGAGUGGCCCCUGAUAUUAUUACAUACAGAACCCUAAUGGAUGGUUUCUGUGAAUCUAAUCGCCUUAGAGAAGCGAUGGACAUCUUCUCCUUUCUCACAGCUAAAGGGCUGCAUGAUUUGCGUGCUUACACCAUAAUGAUAAAAGGGUUUUGUAAAGAAGGGUUGCUAGCAAAAGCCGAUGAAUUAUUGAAGAAUAUGGAGGACAAUGGAUGCUUUCCAGAUGAAUGCACCUUUAAUACAAUUAUUAGAGGAUUUAUAGAUGGAAAGGACAUUAGCAGGGCAUUAGAGCUUGUCAGGUUGAUGAGAAUUAAAGAGUUUGCUGCUGAUAAUCACACUAUAUCAUCAUUUGUGGGCUUACUCACUAAUCCAAAUAUCGAUGACGCAGACAAGGAUUUGCUGAAAAAGUUUUUUGAGAACUGAGUGUGCGCUAGUUAGAAGCAAAGGUGGAAGGAGCAAUGGAUAAAGAAUAUAUAUGAUCUGCUGUGACAGAGAUGUGAAAACAAACAUUGUGAGCGAAUGUUGUGAGUUGGUAAGUACUCUGUAAUAUUUAACGUGUUUUUGAUUGAUUGUAGGUAAAUACCUUAAUUCUUGAAGCAAAUGUGGAUUUACCGGUAAUUUUUGUAUCCAACUGUUGUGAUGGCAAAAAGAUAUUGAAGCUGUGAUUGUAUGUGGUUGCUGGAAUCUAGUUGCUACUGUUCAGGCUGAUUACUUGGUCAGCCAGGUUGGCUCUUGCUU